GCCAACUGUCUGCCAGCCUAUAGAGACUUGCCUCCGGUGUCGCUAUUGUACAACGUACUACCUUAGGUUUGAGACCAUCCACGGGGCGCAACUUCCCAUAAUAACCGUGUUACGAAUCAAGGUCGAGCUCGAGGUGCUGGGCAGGUAGUACCUUCCCUGCAAAGCAGGCAGCAGCGCCAGACUCGAGUAGGUUCUUUCCAGACUUCGAGCAAACAUACGUUUGAGUUACCUACCUUCCUGCGCUUUUUCCAACCCCGGCCACGCAAUGGCUGCCCGCCAGCAGCUCGCCCCGGUCCUGAGGAGGUUGAGACCAGGGAGAUGCUCCGCGAAGCUUGGCAGGCAAGCAACAUUGCAACUGCCGGUUUCCGGCGCUGUGCGGUGCUUCAGCGAAUCCCGCCGGCGGUGCCUGCGGAGCACCGCAGCUGUUGCUGCCGCCAGCGGCAAGUUCACGAGCGAGACCUACCCGGACAUCAAGCGGGACGGCAGGUUCGCCCAGCUCACGGCAGACCAUGUCGCCUACUUCCGCGGCCUGCUCGGCAGUGAGUCGGCCGUCAUCGACGGCGUGAGCAGUAGCGACGCGGUAGACGACAUCGAGCCCUUCAACAGCGACUGGAUGCGCAAGUACCGCGGCCACUGCAAGCUGGUGCUCAAGCCGGGGUCGACGGACGAGGUCAGCAAGAUCCUCAAGUACUGCAACGACAACAUGCUGGCCGUCGUCCCGCAGGGCGGCAACACGGGCCUGGUCGGCGGCUCGGUGCCGGUUUUUGACGAGAUCGUCAUCAACAUGAGCCGCAUGAACCAGAUCCUCGACUUCGACGAGGUCAGCGGCACGCUGGUUGCCGAGGCGGGGUGCAUCCUCGAGGUGGCCGAUCAGUUCCUGGCGGGCAAGGGCUACAUCUUCCCGCUGGAUCUCGGAGCCAAGGGGUCGUGCCACAUCGGAGGCAACGUCUCGACCAACGCCGGCGGGCUGCGGCUGCUCCGGUACGGGAGCUUGCACGGCACCGUGCUGGGGAUAGAGGCCGUGCUCGCCGACGGCACCGUUGUGGACGACCUCUGCAGGCUGCGCAAGAACAACACGGGCUACGAUCUGAAGCAGCUCUUUAUCGGCGCCGAGGGCACGCUGGGCAUCAUCACCAAGGUGUCGAUCCUGUGCCCGCAGCGCUCGCCAGCGCAGAACGUGGCCUUCUUCGGCCUGGAGUCAUUUGACAAGGUCCAGCAGGCCUUCCGGGAGGCAAAGGGCCAGCUUUCCGAGAUCCUGUCCGCCUUCGAGCUCAUGGAUGAGGGCAGCCAGGCGCUGGUGCGGCAGGUCACCAACAACAAGAGUCCCCUGGAGGGCCAGUAUCCGUUCUACUGCUUGAUCGAGACGAGCGGGUCCAACGCCGACCACGACAGCGAGAAGCUGGCUGCCUUCCUCGAGGAGGUCAUGGAGAAGGGGGUUGUCGCGGACGGGACGCUCGCCGAGAACGAGACGCAGAUCCGAUCGCUGUGGGCCUGGCGCGAGGGCAUCACCGAGGCGCUGAGCCACCUGGGCGGCACGUACAAGUACGACGUGUCGAUUCCGCUGAAGGAGCUGUACCAGCUGGUGGAGGACACGCGGGCCCGCGUCGACGAGGCCGGGCUGCUGGGCGACACGGACGACUUCCCCGUCCGCGCGGUGGUCGGGUAUGGCCACAUGGGCGACGCAAACCUCCACCUCAACGUGUCGACGAGGCGGUUCGACGCGAGGGUCGAGAGGGUGCUGGAGCCGUUUGUGUACGAGUGGAUCGCCGAGCGGCAGGGCAGCAUCAGCGCCGAGCACGGCCUCGGCUUGAUGAAGAAGAAGUUCAUUGGAUACAGCCGCAACCCGACUAUGGUUGGGUUGAUGAAGAACAUCAAGGACUCGUUUGAUCCGAAGGGCAUUCUUAACCCGUACAAGUAUCUUUAGACCUAAUCUACCUUCUAUCUGAACCAGGAGGGGCGGCGCCUUUUGGAUGUGAUUCAUCGCGAAGCUGAAAGUAACAGAGUUUGGAGUUCAUUGUGGUCUGGAGGCAGGUUGUCAGCUUGUUCAACGGGAGAAUUUAGUGGGCCAAAAGUGGCUCUGCCAUAUAUGUAUGUAAGAGCUGGUUGCCAUGUAUCUCCUGAAGUCAAGCACUAUAAAGGCCUAAACAGACAGAGGGUGGUUUUCCAGUCUCGCUGGUUGAAGGAUAUGAGCUUGAAAGACGGGAUGUCUGCCGUGCAAGAAAAGAAGUGCUGGGCUUGGGUGCAACUAUAGUCUGGGCAAGAAACGUUUUAGGUACUAUUGUUCAGGUGGAAAUGAAGGAAGGAUCUCCAUAACAGAGCAAAACAUCGAACAAAAG